AUUUUACAUUUCGAAAGAAGUCUUCGACUUACCCUAAUUUCAAUGGAGGAAAUUCAGAUACCUGAGUAUUUCAUAUGUCCCAUAUCUCUUCAGAUCAUGAAAGACCCAGUAACAGUGUUGACCGGCAUCACCUACGACCGCGAAAGCAUCGAGCAGUGGUUUUCAACAACACACGACAUGUCGUGCCCGGUCACAAAGCAGGCCUUGCCAAGAGACAACGACUUGACGCCUAAUCACACGCUCCGCAGGCUGAUCCAGCAAUGGUGCAAAGAAAAUGCAACCAACGGUGUAGGUUUGAUCCCAACUCCGAAACUUACCCUGAACAAGAUCUAUGUCUCUGGACUUGUCCAGGAUCUUGGGGUUUCUCAUUUGCAGGCCAACGCAUUGAAAAAAUUGGAAGCCCUUGCAUUAGAGAAUGCUCAAAGGAACAGGAGGUCCAUGGGUGAAGCGGGUGUUGCCAAAGCUAUGGUUUUGUUCAUUGUAAGAUGUUACAAGGAAGGUGCUCAAAGAAAUGGUGUUUUAGAAGCUUUGAGAAUUUUGCACCAUGUUUGGAGUGUGGCUGAUGAUCAUGAAGUUAAGCUUAUUGUCAAUGGAAGCAAUGACUUUCUUGAAUCUUUGACCUGGGUUUUAGGGUGUGAUCCUGAGAUGGAUUACCAUGCGAUCCUCAUGAAAAGCGAAGCGAUACUAGUAAUGAAAAUGGCAAUGGAAGUCAUAACUGCAAGUCAGCUCGAGCGGUUGAAUCUUGAAUUUUUCAAGAAUAUUGUAAUGGUGUCUAAAGAGAAGAUCUCCCAAGAAGCUCUCAAAUCUGCACUGCAUGUUUUAAUAGAAGCAUGCCCGUGGGGGAGAAAUCGAAUGACGAUGGUUGAAUCCGGUGCAAUGUUCCAGCUCAUCGACCUCGAACUAGCAAGACCCGAAAGGCACAUCACCGAGCUGAUCUUCAAUCUCUUGGCCAAUUUGUGUGGCUGCGCUGAUGGGAGAGCACAGCUUCUAAAGCACGCUGGUGGUAUUGCUUUAGUGUCUAAAAGAAUUCUUAGGGUUUCACCAGCAACAGAUGAUCGAGCGGUCCAUAUACUUUCAUUGAUCGCGAUGUUCUCAGCGACACAUGAAGUUCUUCUGGAGAUGCUGUUAGUUGGAGCAGUGUCAAAGAUUUGCAUGGUAAUGCAAGCAGACUGUACAGCCCAUUUGAAGAAGAAGGUUAAAGGGAUCUUAAGGCUGCAUUCUAAUGUAUGGAACAAUUCACCUUGUAUUGCUGUAUAUCUUGUAACAAGGCCAAGGUAACAUUAGUAAGCUUUGCAUGGUAAGGCAAGCAGACUGUACAGCCCAUUUGAAGAAGAAGGCUAGAGGGAUCUUAAGGCUGCAUUCUAAUGUAUGGAACAAUUCACCUUCUAUUGCUGUAUAUAUUGCAACAAGGCCAAGGGCUCAAAUUAGAAGCGGAACAAAACUCAAACAACAAGCAGGGAAACGUGUAUUACCGCAACAAUUGACUUUGAAUUAGGUUGUCCCUUUCUUCUUUAGACGUAUGAGUAAUGCUUAUCUUCUCCCUACCAAUCAUCAUAACAAACAUGUCCAAAUUGUUUCAAACGUGUGGUUAAAUCUAAGUAAAUAUGUGUGGUCUAUUCUUCAUGUUUCUACGUAAAUAUUUAUAAAUAAGUAGACUAUUGCUAUGAUAUGUUCACACUUUGGGUGUGAUUUACGUGGGUAAAGGGUCUAGACCCUUGUCGAGUUGUUGUUGAUGUUUGCCGUUGAAGAAUGAGAUUAUUACGCAA